ACAUAACUCUGUCAUCGUCUUUAGAUCCAAAAAGGGAAACUUCAUGGCAGCAUUGACGUCGGCCUCUCAGUUAUGUCCAUCAAGAAGAGGGCCCGUCGUAUCGACCUGGACACUGAAGAGCAUAUCUAUCACUUGAAGGUCAAAUCUCAAGACAUAUUUGAUGCCUGGGUGUCAAAGUUGCGUCAUCACCGGCUUUAUCGGCAGAACGAGAUUGUGCGGUCUCCCCGGGAUGCCACCAUGAGAACAUUUCCUCCUUCGGCGGCCAUGGAUUCCCCCCAGCCCACGCCAGCUGUGGUAAAUGAAGUCAAGCAGACCAAACCGAGCAGCUUGCCAUGGCAGCCAGCAGCCCCCAGUAACAGCAGCACCAGCAGCCUGCCUGCAUCCUACAGUAACGGACAGAGUAAGGUGGUGGCAUGGCUGCAGGAGUCAGAGGAAAUGGACAAGUGUGCAGAGGAGCUCGCACGCUGCCAGUCCAACCUGACUGAGCUGAGCCGGUUAUUGCAGAGUCUGGAGAUUCUACAAAGGACACAGUCAGCGCCCAACUUCACAGAUAUGCAGACCAAUUGCGUUGAGUUAUCAAAGAAAGAAAAGCGCUUGAACAGAAGAUGGAGAACAAAAAGUGUCGGCAAAGAUGCAAAAUUCCAGCUUCAGGUUCCUCUGUCUGCCAGUAUGUCCCCUGUCCGCCUCCACUCAUCCAACCCUAACCUGUGUGCUGAGCUGGUGGACUUUCAGCCCCCGGUCUCCCGCUUGACAGACAGUGUAGAGUGUGCCAGCGACUACAUUAAACUUCAAGAGGAGUUCUGCAUUAUUGCCCAGAAAGUCCACUCGCUGCUGAAGUCGGCCUUCAACACUGUGGCCAUAGAGAAGGAAAAGAUCAAACAGAUUCUGUCUGAUCAGGAGCAGCCAGACCAGUCGUCCCAGAUCAACUCUCUCAGGAAGUCUCUGUCACAGGCCCUGUCGCAAAAUGCAGAACUUCGAACUCGACUCAACCGCAUCCACUCUGAGUCUGUCCUGACUGAGCAAGUUGUGAGUGUGAACAUCAUCUCCACACCUGAUGAGGCCGGGGAACAGAUGGGGAUCCCUCUGACUCAGCAGGCCUCUAAUGAGAGCCGACUCUCCAUGUCAGAAUCUGUCUCUGAGUUUUUUGAUGCCCAGGAAGUGCUUCUGUCAGCCAGCUCGUCAGAGAACGAGGGUUCAGACGAUGAGUCAUAUGUCAGUGAUGUGAGCGAUAACAUUUCCGAGGACAACGCCAGCGUGACUGAUAACGUCUCCAGACAAAUGGCCAACGGAGACUUUGCUGGCAGCGCCUUUCGUAAUGGACGGCGCAGCUGCUUGUCGGCACCCUGUCCUGACACCAGCAACAUCAACCUCUGGAACAUCUUGCGAAACAACAUCGGCAAAGACCUGUCCAAAGUGUCCAUGCCCGUGGAGCUCAACGAGCCCCUCAAUACCCUGCAGCGCAUGUGUGAAGAGCUGGAGUACAGCGAGCUGCUGGAUAAGGCUGCUGAGACCGAGGAUCCCUUUGAGCGCAUGGUUCUCGUCGCUGCUUUUGCUGUCUCAGGCUACUCAUCCACUUACUACAGAGCAGGUAGCAAGCCAUUCAACCCGCUACUCGGAGAGACUUACGAAUGUAUUCGGGAAGACAAGGGCUUCUGUUUUUUCUCUGAGCAGGUGAGCCACCAUCCUCCCGUCUCCGCCUGCCACUGUGAGUCUAAGAACUUCACCUUCUGGCAAGAUGUGAGAUGGAAAAACAAGUUCUGGGGAAAAUCAAUGGAAAUUUUACCAAUCGGGAGUGUAAAUCUCAUGAUACCCAGGUUUGGUGAUCAAUACGAAUGGAAUAAAGUUACCACCUGUGUACACAACAUCCUCAGUGGACGGCGGUGGAUUGAACACUACGGGGAGAUUACCAUCAGAAACAUAAAGAGCAGUGCUUGCCUCUGCAAACUUACCUUUGUCAAGGGAAACUACUGGAGUUCAAAUGUGAAUGAAGUUCAAGGAUUUGUGAUGGAUCAGGAAGGAAAAGUGAUCCACAGGCUUUUUGGAAAAUGGCACGAGGGUGUUUAUUGUGGUGUCCCACCUUCUGCUAAAUGCAUCUGGAGGCCAGGCUCCAUGCCCACAGACUAUGAGCUUUACUACGGCUUCACCAGGUUUGCCAUUGAACUAAAUGAGCUUUGUCCUGAGUUAAAAGAUGCCUUGCCGCGGACGGACGCCAGAUUCAGACCUGAUCAAAGGUAUCUGGAAGAAGGUAACUUGGAAAUGGCGUCAUCAGAAAAGCAGCGUAUUGAGGACAUGCAGAGGGUCAGGAGGAAGUGGAACGAGGAGAACAACAUCAAACACGAGCCACGCUUCUUUAAGAAAGUGGUUGAUGCCAAUCACAGGGAGAGAUGGGUCUCCAACAACAUGUACUGGGAGCUCCGCAAAAACCCCGGCUUCAUUAACAUGGAAUCUACAGUGACUCUGUGGUAGCACAUGGAUCUGUGUUUCCAUCAUCACAGACGAGGAGGCUGGUACCUACGCACAAUAAGGUGUUAAGAGAAACACGACGAUGAUGAAACAUCUUUGAGCAUGGAUACGAAUGACUGCUGAGCUGAGGGAAGGCCCGACGCCCAGCGACCCUGUGGAGGGUCACCCAUCCAUGGAAACAUACCGUAGGAUCACCUUCAUUGUGCUUGUCGAAGCUGGGUCUCACCGCGCCUAUGUAGAUGUUUCCUCAGCUCUGUUGACUUCCCAGUAUGUCCUUGCCUUAAAAAGACACCUGUACAAGUCACACGAUUAGGCGCCUUUAAGUUGAAGCCAUUUAAUUUCCAACAGUAGUUUGGGUAGACUAGUCUAUGAAGUAGACAUUUUGAUUACCUACAGAUUACCUAUGAUAACAUUGCAUGUGUAGAGAGCAGCUUUCACUGGUACAAAGCCGUAUUUACUAUAUCAUCAGUUAUUGUAGAAAAAAAAUAGGUAUUUUUAUAAAAAAUAUCUCGGACUCAGAAUUUAGUGAAAGAGAAUUAUGUGAAUUGGCAGAUUUUAUUUAUUUUUGCCUUUUAAUACUGUCGACUCUGUCGGAUGGCAGCACUCUCUCCCGGGAAACAACUCAUUUGAAAUUAAUCUCGACCACUGUGGAGGAAGUACGGGGCUCUACAAACGCCGUUUUAAUGAGUAACUGAGCUGAACAUGUGCUGGGAGGUGAGGUGUGAUUUAAACGCGAGGCGUUUUGGCCCUGUGGACUGUCAACACUGAUCUGUCGUGACACAGUGCAAACGGAAGGGCGAUCUUCACCUCAGCAGCCCCAGUGUCUAAUAAUAACCAUUGUUACACGAAACCAACUCGUCUGAAUCACACAGUUACAUAAAUGCAUACAUAACUCUCUCCACUCUGUUCCCGAAUGUGAGGGUUUCAUUCAAAUAAUGGGCGCUUACACGUCCGAGUCACGAGUAUAAGAAAAGAUUUGUACAGGUUGCAGCGUUCUCUCAGAUCCUUGGGAUUUUUGUAGUACUUCAUUUAAUAACGAAACGUGAAUAGCAGAGUCACAUAUUUCCAUAAAACAGCCGCAGCUUGAAGAUGUAAUUAUUUUGAAUUAAUAAAGGAGUAAUUUUC